CUGAGCCACAGAGGAGGGGUCGCCACGAGCCCCAGCUGUCGUCAGCUCAGACAGAGCUGAGUCUCGUCUAUCCCCGACAGCCGCCGCUGCAGACGCCGCCGCUCCAUGGGACUCCAGAGCUGGCCCCCCAGCACAGCACCCUCCAUGAUGGCCUGCCUCCAUGUGGAGACCCCCUCCAUCUGCACGGGCAAAUUCAAAUCAGCCCUUCAGCUCCGCCUGCAGCACAGACGAAGUCGAGAGCAACUUGUGGAGCAAGGCAUCAUGCCCCCUCUGAAAGCCCCUGCCGCCUUCCAUGAGCGCAUUUGCAGUCUGGAGAGAGCGAGGACAGGGAACUUACUGAAGCACAAGCUUUCCCGCAGACCCGCUCGCUCCGAGCUGGUCCGCAUGCACAUCCUAAAAGAGGGCGAGGCCGACGCUUCCGUGCAGGCCGCUCAGAUGAAGCUGAAGAGGGCGCGGCUGGCCGACGACCUCAGCCAGAAGAUCUCCAGCAGGCCUGGACCCAUGGAGCUGGUGGAGAAGAACAUCCUGCCCGUGGACACCGGUGUCAACAAGGGCCAUGACGGUGAUAGUCCAGACCCUCGCGAGCCAGCAGAUGUGUACACUUUCACUGAGGACAACAGUGACGCUUUAUCGCCGGACCCAUGUCGCCGAACGUCUCCGAGCACCGGCUCGGCCUCGCCGAUUCCGACCGACGUGUCUCUUCCCUGUUCCAGCUCCUCCGUGCAGCAGAUCUCGCCAAAGCCGCCGGGCGAGAAAACCCGCAGCAGCAAAAAGAGCCGAGAGGCCAAGCCGAGGAUACGCAAGUUAAAGUAUCAUCAGUACAUCCCCCCGGACCACCACAAGCACGAGUUUAAGCCUUUGCCGGCAGCGGUGGCGGCGGCGGCGCACGUGGACGCCGCUUAUGUGCGCAUCCUGCAGCAGCAGCAGCAUUUUCUGCAGCUGCAGAUCCUUAGCCAGCAGCACUUCGGCCACCAGCAGGCAGCGCUCAAUUCAACAGGCGAGUUCCAAACCAGCUGCUCCGCCAAGGUUUCGAAUGAAAACUGCAAGCCGAAUCAGUUACCGGCCAACGUGGACGAGAUGAAGGUGGCUGAGCUGAAAGUGGAGCUCAAACUGCGCUCACUUCCCGUCUCUGGAACCAAGAUGGAUCUGAUCGAGCGACUAAAGUUGUAUCACGAAAGCUUCGCCGGCGUGGAGACGAAAGCUCCCGAAAACACCCCACCGGUGUCCCCCAAAGUGUCCGUCUCGGAGGACAACGGCGGGGCGGACGGUCCCGCGGCGGCCUCUCCGGACGAGAGCGGGUCCCGUGAAAAAGACCGGCGUCUCUACGAGAAGGAGCGUCAGAUCGAGGAGCUGAAGAGGAGGCUGGAGCGCGAGCAGAGGCUGGUGGAGCAGCUCAAGCUGCAGCUGGAGGUGGAGAAGAGGAGCCAGCAGCCGGGAGAGUCCUCACCACCCGGCCUCGGUCCUCUUCCUCCCCUGGAGGAGGAACGCGUGGAGGUCGGAACCGAGGAGGACACGGAGCGGAGCCUCGUAACACCGCCUGCCUCGGCGCUCGCAAUGCAACCGCAUCACGGCGGCGUCAAAUUGCAGCCGGCAAAAAUAGACGACUCAGCACCUCUGAGCAAGACGUGCACAGGAGAGAGGACGGCACAAAGCGUACUCGGGCCGUUCCCGUCAAGCGUCACUAAAUCACCCGUGUGUGAGGUAGAACAUGUUCACGUCUGCUUUGUCAAGCGUGCAGAUCAUCUUCUUCGUUUACUCUGCCAGACCAUCCAUCACGGUCAUCCUCCUCCAGCCUUCGUGCCGCCGCCGCUGCGCAAAUGUAAAAACCUCCGAGAGCCUCCUCGCUAUGAAGAUGCCGUCAAACACACGCGCAUGCUGCCUGCUAUACAGGGCUUGUGUGCUGCGAGUCAGCAGAUGGAUGACCUGUUCGACAUCCUCAUUGAAAGCGGUGAGAUGUCUCCCUUCCUCAAACCCGACCCUCCUGACCCCAACAAGCGAGUGCCCGUCACGCCCAGCGUCACCCUCCUGCCCGUCAACACGGUCCUGUCGCGCCCUCCGCCCCGCGUCCAGGUCGCACACAUGCCCGCCGAGGAGCUUCCUUUACCCCUGGUCGCCAUGGAUAUGGAUCUGGACGACGAUGUGGACGCGGACUCCGACCUCCACGCCAUGGACUGGCUGGACCUGAGCGUAUCGGCAGGCGAGGGCGUCUUCUCCACAGACUUCCUGGACACUUACCAGCUGCUCUAGGGGACCGCCGCACCUGACGCGUAAACUUCCUGUGAGGAAAGAUUCCAGCGGCGGGACUUUAAAGCUGCUGGGAGGUUCUAAACCCUUUGGUUUCGAAGACCAACUGACACACUAGACAAAAAGUCAGCAGAUUUUGAUGUUUGGCAAAGGUUAUGUGGCUUCUGUGACUCUGUAAGCUCAGUGGCCACGUACUCUCAGAAAACAGAACGUAAGGGUGCAAACAGGAUAUUCUCAGCAGGUUGCAACAGAGAGACUGGAAGUGUCACAGAAAGGCACAGGGAAUACUGAACCGUUGCAUGUUUAAAGGGAAAAUUAAGAUUAUUGUGCAUUUUAUGGUCAUCCUGAAAUGUCACCUGAAAGCCAAAUUUAUAUAUUUGGACAUACUGGUUAGUUCAGGGGCUUCUUGUGUUGAUGACACUACUAAAGCAGCGCCGAUGCAAAAUAAAUAAAUAAAUAAAUACAGUUGUACUGCGACGCCACCUUUUGGUCAUUUCCGGAGUUGAUCAGCUUGGACACACCAGCUGGAAUGACAAAGUAUUUACUAUACUAGUACAAGUCGACAUAUUGUCAUGCAUAAUUUAUAUAUGCCCUUUGUGUUACUCGUGUUUUUGUUCACUUUUAUAUGAAUGAAUUGUCAGCGGCAUAAUUUCCCACAUUUUACUUGCCAUUAAAGUAUACAUGACUCA